UUAUCUCACUGCGGUCGACUUCAGUUGGUCAAACUCUUUCGCAAAAUACACAACUAACUAUCCAUUACCUUUAUAACCCAAACGUAAUACUUUCGUUUCAUACCAACUGGUGCACGGCCCUAUUUUCUUAUUCUCCGUGAAAGGAAAAGUGUUAAAACCGGCUGCGUUUCGUUAAGAUUUUAAACAUUAGGCGCCAGUUUGUAUAAUAUACGAACCAUAAUUUAUUACUACAUAUUAAAUAAUACUGUGUGAUUUGUUCGCGUCAAACACAUUUGCCCGAUCGAUCAAUCAAUCAAUCUACUGAAGAGGAAAAAUAACGUCUAAUAUUACACAGUUUUUUGUCAGGAACUGACAUGCAGCAAUGUUUUUGAUCAAUUAAAUAUGAAGCAUAAAUGAAACUCUACUGAUAAUAAGGAACUUCCUAUAACGUGUGGAAUUGUGACCUGAAGAAAAAUACCUCAAUAGCUGACACGAAACGUCGCUGCAACUUACAAAUUAAUAUGGUGUCAAAAAUGAAUAAUACUGAAAUGGCUAGUUUGGUUAGAUUAGCUUUAGACAGAUAUGUCGACAUUGUAGAUAGGAUAAGUGAUCCAAGGACGACAGACUGGCCGCUAAUGCACAGCCCGGUACCUACCGUCUUAAUGGUGCUCGCUUAUCUCUACACCAUCGUCAUCCUUGGUCCAAGACUGAUGCGCGAUAGGAAGCCUUUCAAACUCAGGGAAGUCCUCAUAUUAUACAAUGGCGGCCAAGUGCUGUUUAGUCUUUAUAUGCUGUACGAGCAUCUCAUGAGUGGAUGGUUUUUAGAUUACAGCUUUAAAUGUCAACCGGUCGACUACUCCAUGAAUCAAAAAGCUUUAAGGAUGGCCAAUUUAUGUUGGUGGUAUUAUAUUUCAAAGCUGUCAGAAUUCGCAGACACCGUUUUCUUUGUUCUUCGUAAGAAAGACAGCCAGAUCACCUUAUUACACUUAUAUCAUCAUAGUCUGACACCUCUAGAAACUUGGAUAUUGGUGAAGUUCUUAGCUGGUGGCCAUGGAACCUUUUCAAACCUUAUAAACAACAUCGUACAUGUGAUAAUGUAUUUCUAUUACAUGAUGGCGGCUAUGGGGCCAGAAUACCAAAAAUACCUGUGGUGGAAAAAGCAUUUAACUCACAUUCAACUGAUACAAUUCUUCCUUGUCUUCAUACACUCAGCCCAGUUGAUAUGGAUCGACUGUGGAUACCCCCGAUUUAUUGGUCCGCUGUUAAUUCUUCAUUCUACAAUUUUUUUCGUUCUCUUUUCACAUUUCUAUUACGUGACUUAUUGGAAAAACAACAGAAACUCCGUUAAGAAAACGUCAUAGUCAAUACGCCACUUCUAUUAAAUCUAAUCAAUUCUUGUACAUACGGAUGCAUGUUUUUAGAAUUGUAUUUAUUGCAAUGUUGAGCCAAUACACAGGGCAGUGACAUUAUCAAAAAUAAUGGCACAUUCUUAAAGUAAUUUGUUGAAUUUUCAAAAACUCAUCAAUAAGCAAGACUCAAACGACUCAAACCGCCUAUGUUUAAAAUGCUUAAUUAAAAGCUUUCAUACAUUGUAAAACGUCAAAAGCAUGUUAUUCGACCGUCUUGCCAACUGUCAAGUCUAUUACACCAAAUUUUUUUGGUUUUUUAAAUGUUUGGGUACCUUACCAAACCACCUUGGUACUCUAGUAAAUUCCUUUUACUGUUUAUAUUUCAAAUUUAUUUUUUAUUGUAAAUGACCUCCAUGAUGUGAUUUAAGGCAGCUAAAGUGCUUUUAAUUAAAUUUAUUUUUAUAAAACUCACUUCCCUGUACGUGACAUUACAAUCACAGACGGAAACCUAACCUAACAAAACCCAUAAUUUUGACUUAUACCGAUACGUUACAGAAGAGUGAAAUUUUUAAAAGUGCUGUUAUUUUAGUCAGUGAUUUUUACGAGCAGUUCUAUUUAGUUAUAGUAGUAUUUUUUACCUAGGUAAUUAGAUUACUAGAAAUUUAGAAAAAAAGGGUACCUGAACGCGUACUAUUACACGAAGUGAUUGUUUAUAUUUGGCGAAGCUGAUAGUCACAAAAUAAAAAAUAUGCAAACCAGUUUUUGAGUAUAAAUCAAAUCAAUAUUUACUAAGCACUCUGUAUAAAACUUGACAGUAUUAUAGUUACGUGCCAAAUAUAACCAAACACCCUGUACAUACAACCUACAACUUAUAUGUAAUGCCAGUUUGGUCUCAAAACUUAAGUAUACUUUUUUAUUAUUUUUUAAUAAAACUUAAUUGCUCAAAUUUUGCUAACGACGAAUCGUUUUAAAAGGUUAAUUGACCUUAAUUAUAAGUCUGCUGUGUUAUUGCAGAAUGUUUCUCCUUUUACUGGGUACAUACUUUUAUUAAAUAAUACUACAAUAUUAAAAGAUCUGGGUUAUAGAUAAAUGUCUAUGAUAAUACUUCGAGAUCAUUAUCACGAAUUAAUUUUAUAAAUCAUACUCAAUAUUUUUUUAACAGCAUUAAAAUAAAUCAACGUAUAGAAAUCCAUCAACUAAUGAAUGGUGUUUGUACGAUGUCAAAAAAAAAAACAAUUGUUUAUCGAAAAGCAAAAAAAAAUUCUCUACUUUGUCAUUUGGUGGUACAGUAAUCAUGAAUCGCAAUCAGAAUAAUUGUUAUGGGUAACAUAAUACGAUACUUAUCUGUAUGUAGCAUACAUUGUAUAGUGGUAGCAUGAAUGCAUGUUUUUCAAUUUUUUUGUGCACCAGAAGCUGGGCUUCGGUGUAUGUAUUUUUCUUCUCAACAGUGUAAUUUUUUUAACCUAGUCAUAACUAUUUAUACGUAUGUAUAUUUUUAUACUCCAUGUACCUACAUAUCUUCUCCAGUGUAUAAUCUUUUUAUAAUAAAACAAAAUCAUGGA